AAAUAUGAGACAUGGUGGAUACUCAUCUUGAAAAUCAUUAUCAGUCUGGGUUUUUGGAAAAAAGAAUGUAUGGCGGAUAUCAUGUUUAUCUUUCUUCUUCCAGACGCCGUUACCUUUUUGUUAUUGAAUACUUGAAACGCAACGGCUUCAUUAUACUGGUCAGAGGUGUCGACAUGCUUUAGAAUUAAAACAAAGUUAUAGAAUAAUCGCAAAUUGUUGAUGAUUACUUGCUUUAUAGAUAUGACCUUUCUUCGAAAGCGCACCUAGGUGCAUACGAGGAAUGGUACAUUAGUUUAGACCAAAGACUAAUUGUCGUGCAACUUUUUAUUUAUUUCAUGAUAAUGUAUGUCAGUAGACAAAAAUAUAGAAGUAUGCCUACAGACGAUAUAAUAUAAUUGGGUCCUCCUAGCAACGUCCGUACAGUACUACCACACUUCCUUACUAGUAAAAUAGUUUACUUUGAACCAAAUGGUUUUAUAACUAGAACAGUAGUUUGACUUUGCAAUUAACAAGUCCAUUUCUGUUGCUUAAAGGAAAGUUUGAACUUAAAUUCAUGUUAUCACGAUAUUUGGUCGUACGCUUGUUGUUAAAAAAAUGCCAGCGUUCAUGAUUAAUCAGUUUUGCUUAGAAACACUAGUGAAUUUGUUUAAAAAAAACUCUAAAUGAUAAUGAUUUCUUAUAACUAAACCAUGUUAUAAUUAUGCAUUUGCGGUUGUAAACAGUAUUCUGAACGCAUGGUAUUUCAAGCUCCAUGCAAUUUUGAUUGAUUUCGCAGACGAUGGAUAUGCGUCAAUAUGUGUAAAACCUAGGGAUUUCUACAAAAUACUUUAAACUAAUCAAAACAGAUCUAUUUGCGUGAAUGAUAAUGAAUUUGAGUAUGAUCGUUAAAUAAAUAGCCAGUGGGUUUCUCGGGAAAAAUAACCUAAAAUUUCUACAUCGUCUUCGCGUAUUGGACGCCGCUGACGUUUGCGCACAAGAUACAUGUGAAGGUUAAUUUACGACCCGUUGGUAGCAUUUCAAACAAGGGGAGGAGCUAUUAUUCAACACGCCUGCUCAUGUUAAUUCCUCGUUUAACUUUAAACUUAUGUGUGGAAAUAUUAUUUUGUUUCAGCGAAAUUUCAAACCGGAUGUUUAAUUUAAAUUAGUAUUCUCUGUAGUUUUUCAUAUAAAUUCUGCAUACGUGAAAACAAUAAUUUAGUUAUAAUUAUGAAUGACAAAAUAUCAUGUUUUCACAAACUUUUCGACAGCGUGUCUACGUUCGUCUUCGAGAAUCCCUGGCCGAUAGUUCUGGCAAGUUUUAUCGGACAAACACUUUUUGGUCUUUGUUUUCUCUCGUUACAUCUGAACAAUGACAUUAAAGAUUUGUACUUACCAGAGAAUACACAAACGGAAAAAACGGAAAGGUAUAUUGUUCAAACAUAUUCGAAUCAAUCUGAAUUGAACUUUAUACCUCAUGCCACAAUAAAACCAAGUCUGCAGGCGGACAUUAUAUUUUACAGCAAAAACAGAUCGGUUCCAUUAAAUUGGAGUGAAGUACAAGAUGUUUUCGGCCGGAUUGAAAGCAUCGAGACAUCAACAUUGUACCAACGAAACGCACGGAUGAGAAGCGUUUGUGCCACCUCAAAUGGAACAUGUGUUGUAACAAACACGAGCGCAACGACGAAUCAUCGCUCAAUGACCAAAGAAGAACGUGUUUUGAAUACAUACAUUAAAAUGUCUAUCUUCCUUAGACAGGACACUGAGGGACGCCAUGCAGAAUCGACUCAAUGGCUUGAUAAAUUUACACAAACGAUGACAACACUUACCUCUGAGACAACUGGCUUCGUGUUCAGCACUUCAUUAUCGUUUUACGAUCGCCUCAAUUCGGACACUUACAUAGACAUUCGAUAUUUCGGUCUAGUGUUUACUGUGUUUAUGACAUACUGUGGAUUCCUUCUUUCGGGCGGCGACUGUUUGACCAAGCAAGCACACAUCGGUAGAAUGGGACUGAUUGUCACACCCUUGAGUGUAAUGGGCGCAUGGGGUCUCUUGACUGGUUGCGGUGUUGCCUUCACAAACAUGACUGGAGUGAUGCCAUUAGUUGCACUUUUUUUACAGGUGAACAAUGUACAGUACACACUGAUGAAACUGGCUGGAACCUCGGGUAUUCCUGAUGCCAAGACUCGCAUUCAACAGACAGUCCGUGAAAGUACAGUUUCUGUAUGUGCGGCAACGAUCACCGCUACCGUACCUUUAGUUGCUGGCCUUUUCUCAAGCUACAAAUCAACUCGACUAAUUUCUCUGUACACAGUGGUGACAAUGUGUUUUACCUACAUUAAUCAUUGGACGAUGUUCCUCGGUUGUUUGGCAAUUCAUGAAAAACGCAUCGAUGCAAACCGCCAUUGCUGCACAUGCAGAAAAAUUCAUUUGCCCGACGACGAUGAUGUUCAAGAUAGAAGUUCCUGCUUUAGGUGUUGCUGUACUGGCCGUCCACCAAGGUCAUAUAGAGACACACAGAGCACGUUACAGAAGAUUCCUAGAUAUAUUCUCACUCGAGCGGUUCUUUCAUUGCCAUGCAAAAUAUUGUCAACAUGUCUUUGUUUUGUCUUUCUGGGCACAUCGAUAGUCUUUGCCAUUAAAACAAAAACCGAUAUUUACCAUGAAAGCUUUAUAAAAGAAGGAUCUAACUUUUACGAUUACAAUAUUUUAAAUGACAAGUACUUUUCUGAUCAUAUUUUUAUAACUUUGGCCUCAAAACAUCAAUCAGAAAUCACUGUUGAAAACUGUGAAUCAGUGCGCAGUGACCUCAUUAAAUAUAUUGAUGCAAAAGAAGGAAUUCUUAGUGAUGAGACAAUAUUUUGGUUUGACGAAUAUAUCAACGUCGUUCAGGAAAAUAAGUCGCAAAAUUUCGCUUCUUCAGUGAGAAAUUUUCUGUCUAUGGUUCCUAAAUUCAAACAGGACAUUGUUUUUAGCGAAGACGGGUCCAAAAUCCAGUCCUUUAGGCUGUACCUCAAAUCUAGGCCAAAACAAGAUAAUAUCAAAUUGCAUUCUGAGUUCGGCAAUGAAGCUUUUCUAGGUGAACUGGUCUUUUUUGUGUAUUCCCCGAAUUUUAUCUGGGUUGAUUCCUAUCAGAAGGCCUUUUGGGAAACACUUGUAUUUAUGGGUGUAGAGUGUCUUGGCAUUGUCGUGACUAUUUUUUUUAUAUGUAGAGACCCUGUACUUACAGUUUAUGGCUGUAUUUGGUAUGGUUUCGCUUGUGUAGGAAUAUUUGGUUUAAUCAAUGUUCUUGAUGUUUCUAUCACGUCUGUUUGUUCAAUCGUUCUAAUAUUUGGUGCAACAUACAGUUGCAAUGUGAUUGUCUAUAGUCACCUGUCGUAUUUUGAGUCAGAAGGCACUGAUAUCGCUUCCAGAACCUAUAAUGUGUUAGUCGGGACAACUUCCUUAUUAUUUAACACGCUGUUUGCUACAUUACUUGGCCUUAUGGUUAUGUUCACCAAUGAAUCAUUUGUAUUUGUAACCAUUUUCAAAGGGUUUGGUUCAAGCAUUGUGGUAGCUUUGUUUGUCGGUUGUUUAUUUAUUCCAACGCUUCUCAGUAUCUUUGGGCCGAAUACAGGAAAAACAUGGUCAUAUAAAGUGGAAAAGAAAAUAGAUAUGACUGCGACUGCGAAUGGACAUCUUGCGCAAGAACCUGGUCAAACAAAUAAUGCUUACAUUGGGUCAACGAAUCACAUCGAGCAGGUUUAACUGGUUAUCCCUUCCAGAAGGUCUUAAUGAAUUCUUAACACAUAUAUUAUGCCAAUUAGAAAUCCACAUGAGUAUAUAACCACCCCAUAUGUGGAUUCAAGGGGGACGCACCUGGCGCCCCCUCCACCCACCCCUAAAAUCGUCCAAGUUUACUUUUUAUGUCAAAAUCAGAGAAUAAAAAGUUAUAAAACACGCUCAAAAUGCACCAUUUCCGACUAGAAUUGCUUAAAUGUUUAUGUGGGAAUACCCCAAUUCACAUACCAACAUUUUAAACCAUAUUAAUGUAGGUUCUUAGGGAAGAGCGCAUGUCAAAAUUUUGCGCCCCUAACUUACGCCCCCUCUAACAUCAAUUCCUGGAUCCGCCCUUGCACACUUCCCUAUUGAGUGCUGACUACUGUUUCAUUUUCUGCCUGAAUCCUGCGUUGCAAAAAAAACAGAAUAUACCAAAGUUGGAUUUCUGGGUAUCAGCCCCUAGAGCUCAGAGUACUCCGUACACAAUCGCUCAAUAUCACGAACCAAAAUCAUGUUUGUACGAAGUUCUGUUAAUAAAAAUUAGUUCUGAGGUAUUAACGAUAGAAAUAUUUUAAAAAAUCAUCCUGGCAUACAAAAAAUCACACCAGACUAUUUUCCCGUCGUUUAAGGUUUUUGUAUCACUUGUGUUAUCAAUUCGCUCUUACACGAAAUUUGUUCUUCAUAUCCCCUCAACUGAUCAUGAGUUAUGAAUACGUGUUUGAAUUUCAGUUUCCUAAAAUAAAAUAUAAAAAUGAAUAAAAUUAUAUCAGUUUGUGACUUGCAAAUACAUCCUCAUAUGCAUUUUGACCAAUCAAAAUAAAUCCACAAGAUAUUCAGGAGUUCAUAACAUAUGCAAAUUCUGUUGUACAGCCUACCAUGCAUUGAUACAGGUAGUCUACAGUGUGUGUAUACCACGUGAUAAAUUGCGUCAUAAAUGCUACGUCGGAAGGCAAUAUUUUGCUUUAAUUGAAGACUUAAAACAAUGAUAACUUUUCAUUUUCUUUACCAAUUUAAAUGAAACAUAGCGCAGUCUAUGCAGCUUACGGAGCUCCGCCUUCGGUCUUUUACCAAAUUUUAAUUGAGAGUUUAGUUUCUUAUAACACUUCGACAAACCUUUUCACGAUACGGCCGUCUGACGGAGCACUGUCAAAACAUUGUUAGGGAAACAGGUUUGUCGAAUGUUUGAUGAAACUAAUCACCUUAUCAAACUCCGGUUAUAAAACAAAGGUGGGGCUAUUUAAGCUGCAUAGACUGGCAUUUGUUUCAUUUAAAAUGGUGAAGUAAGCGAAAAGUUAUCUUUGAUUUAAGUCUUUAUUUUAAGCAAAAUAUUGCCUUCCGACGUAGCAUAUAUGACGUAAUUUAUCACGUGGUAUACACACACUGGUCUACAAACAUAUUGCAUUCGUGAGCGGUUUAAAAUGUUUCAAGGAAGAUGAAUUAUGAGUUUGUUUACAUUUCAAACAGAUCAUAAUUUUGAAAAACGAUUGCCGGCGUAAAUACAAUCAUGUGUGCGGUAAGAAUGCUGAUAGCUAACCAACCCCAGGUCCAAUUAUCGCGCCAACAUUUAUAUCAUUUUCAAAUAUCUAUCGCAACCAUUUUGAAUCAUGUCAUGCAGUUUUGUGAAAAAAAUGGGUUGACAUCGAGAUUGACACAAAAAGAAUUGGCGUGAUAUUUGGGACGAGAUGUUUACUGAUUGACAGAAAAGGUGUGAUCAAAUGUUUUCUGUAUAUUGGUAUUUUAUCGUAUUAUCAUCCCAGAUUUAAUUGAAUUGUCGUCAGAUGAAAUUCAAAGACAUCCAAUUUUGUGCUUUAAAUUAACAUCUUGCGCAAAAUUCUAUAACAUGUGAGUAAAUGGCAGUCGAAAACAGGCGGAUGAGUUCCGAUUGGUUAUCAACACAACUUAAAUCAACUCAAAAUAGGUUUAUUUUUACGUCCAGCGAGCUUCUCAUUACAUACACAAAGAAUAAAAGCCAUAUGACAAUGGUAAUCGGAAAACAAAGGUAUGGCUUCGAGAAAAUAACCGAGCGUGAUCUGAUUGUGGAUAACGGUGCACUAUCAAAAUAUUAGCCCAUUCGGAAAUUGCUUUUUUGCCAGAGAGGUUUGUAUUGUGGUAAAAAUGGCGUUCGACGAAAAAUCACGAUAUUUAAAAAAUCAUCUAAGUCUUUGCUACAUAAGCUUACAAAUAAUUAUGUCACAUCAAAUAUAUGUCUACUAGAUUAAACUGUUGUAUUCAUCUACAUUGGAGGACUAAUGGAGAACUAAUAGAUACUUGGUAAAAACUGUUUGCAUUACCCUCUCCGGUUAAAACUUUUAUUUGUCCAAAAUUUAGAUCAAAACCAAUCCGAAAAAUGUCAGUUAAACGGAAGAAUCUUUGAACUGUUACAGUGCUUUUUGAGAGACCAAACGAUACCUUCUUUAAGUAUACCACUCAAAUGUUACAGUUCUGUUGUUGUUUUUUUCAAAUGGACAGUCACUAUAAUGAAUAAAUUCGCAUAUUUGUUAAUAUGAAGUAUAAAAUAUAGAAAACCCUUUGUAAUUAUACAAUGUAUGAAAGACCAAUGCCAAACCUAAGCUAGGUCAAUACUUGCACUAGACAUAUAUUGCUUGAUUACCUUUAUUAAGAACAGUGUUUGUUUCUGUGAGUCUUGAUAGUGCCGAUUCAUUGAGUUUUUUGUUUGCAGUUUAUACUUUAUCUAACUUUAUCAUUGUAAGAUUGUUGCAUUAUCUAACUUUAUCAUUGUAAGAUUGUUGCAUUAUCUAAGUUUUAUCAUUGUAAGAUUGUUGCAUUAUCUAAGUUUUAUCAUUGUAAGAUUGUUGCAUUAUCUAAGUUUUAUCAUUGUAAGAUUGUUGCAUUAUCUAAGUUUUAUCAUUGUAAGAUUGUUGCAUUAUCUAAGUUUUAUCAAUGUAAGAUUGUUGCAUUAUCUAAGUUUUAUCAUUGUAAGAUUGAUGCAUUAUCUAAGUUUUAUCAAUGUAAUGUUGUUGCAUUAUCUAAGUUUUAUCAUUGUAAGAUUGUUGCAUUAUCUAAGUUUUAUCAUUGUAAGAUUGUUGCAUUAUCUAAGUUUUAUCAUUGUAAGAUUGUUGCAUUAUCUAAGUUUUAUCAUUGUAAGAUUGUUGCAUUAUCUAAGUUUUAUCAUUGUAAGAUUGUUGCAUUAUCUAAGUUUUAUCAUUGUAAGAUUGUUGCAUUAUCUAAGUUUUAUCAUUGUAAGAUUGUUGCAUUAUCUUAGUUGUAUCAUUAUGUAACAUUUAUUUCAUUUGAACAAAUUUAUAUAUCAUAAGUGUUGGCUUUAAUUUUAUCCUAAGUAUUACGUAUUAUCCACAUUUUAUUACGUAUCGUAUAGAUGUAUUUGUGUACGUGCACUUACGAUCAAUAAACAAUUGAUGUAAAGCCUU